AUGAAGAGCAAUAACUUUGAAGAGUACCAAAGGGUGUUUAGCUGCUUUGAUAAGGGCCAACAAGGCAAGGUUUCGGUUUCCACCAUCGAAAGAUGCGUCGAAGCUAUCAAGUCCGGGCAAAAGGCACUAGCACCACAAGAUACCACGACAGCUCCACAAACUGACAAAUCCUUGGAACUGGAGGAAUUCGUCAACUUGGUGGAACAAGGAGAGGAGGAAGACAAGGAGAAGGACUUGAAGCAAGCUUUCAAGUUGUAUGAAGAGAGUGAAGGCAUCACACCUAAGAGUCUCAAGAGGAUGCUAAGUUUGUUGGGCGAGUCCAAAAGCCUUAAAGAGUGCGAGGUCAUGAUUUCCCAGUUUGAUAUUAAUAUGGAUGGAAUUAUUAACUUUGAUGAGUUUAGGGUCAUGAUGAUGGAAUAA